GAGAUCGUAGGCUUCACGCAAAUUCUUUUUCCUGAGUAAUGGGAUUCCUGUUCUUCGUCGAUGCACAGUGUCAUCGUGAAGAAAAUAGCAUUGAAUACGUAAGCAUAAAUAUUGUAGUAACUUCAAAUAACAGAUAUAAAGAAUUGUGCAUAUUUUACAUAAGGCUAGCUGGUCUCGUUUUCCGUUUUUAAUAGCUGUCGUCGUGCAAACAUGCUAACGCCACUUCGAUUUGAUGUCUAGAUAGCCAAUAUUUUUUCUUUUCUAUUGGAAACAAAAUAUCUCAAUGGAAUGACACUUUAUAGACUCACAGUAUAUGAUAAAGAGCAGAUAAAGAGAGAGUAAAUAGAAGAAUAGGAUUUAUUUUUUUCGAUCGUAACUUUACUCGUUCCAAGUUACCGUCUUUUACUUGCAUUAGCUAUUAUUAUUAUUGUUUUUAUACGGUCCUACCUGUGUUAGAGAAACAUGGUUCGGGUCAUGCACGGCUUAUCGUCAUAAUUUAAGGCAGAUUUUCCAAGGGAUUGUCAUCGUUUCGCCGGGCAAUAUAGGUGAAAUGCACACGAAGUAGUAGCUAAGAAUAAAAAUUUAUUCAUUGCAUUCUAAAUACAACAGCCGUUUAAGCUAAGUAUUACGGUAUCAAGAAGUACAUCAACCUAGAUGUUUCAAUACUUUUUAAUGUCUCUAAAAGUCUUGGAAAGCUCAGCCGUUAUCAGAAUCUUGUUGAGGUGUGACUUCAAAGAUCUUAUCCUUGACUUACUAAAAGUAAUCCUUGAAAUACGUAUAAGCGUAUUUGGAACAAACAUUUUAUGUUCUCAGUACCACUCAUACCUUAAUUUCAUUCUUAGUAUCGUUCAUUGUAAUACGUUUGCAUUGGUGUACACAGUAAUUAUUAAAAAAUAAUAAGUGUAAUUCAAACAAUAAUCAGUAGUUUUGAGCUGUACUCAGAAGAAAAAAAUUUAAUGAACGAUAAUUUUAGCAACUUUUAAUUCAGAACAAUAUGUUUAUUAUGCAAAUAUCGAACGCAAACUUUCCGUUUCUAUUAAAGUGUUAGAAUUAAGUAAAGAUGACUUUUCCACUCUAAUUUUUAGUAAAAUGUGCCCUGAAUAUGUAAUCAGAGACUAUAAAUUAUAUUGUGCGUUAGUCUUCAUAAACAGCUUGUUUUGGGAAUGAUUUCUCGAAACAGUAACGUGGUGUUCAAUUCCUCUUCUUCAACAUUUAACAUUUUAGUAAGUAAUAUUUGACUAACGUUAUUAUUUAUGUUUAUAUAUAGCUAUACUUUCGGACUAAAAUGUUUCCAUGACGGGUAUUUGAUGAAAUUCGCUCUCCGUGUCAAUUUCGUGCUUUAGACGUAGUAGUGGACUAUUAACAUAUGUUGUCCGUCGACUAAUCUACUAAAAUUUUGUUAGAUGUGCUUAAAAGUGUUCCAAAUAACAACUAUUCGCCUCCCGUGCCGUUGCUGCUGUGUCUGCUACUGGUGUUGAAGUAAGAUUUUUUGCAGCCUUUAACGCACGCAAUGCAUAUUCCACGUAAUAAUUUAAAGCCUGAUUUCUACCCUUCCCCUUACUACCUUAAAACGACGUGCUGGCUAUCUGCACUUUGUUGCUCUAACAUAUUUUGUGAUGAUAGGUUGGUACUUCACUGACACUUCUCUCCAGCUAUAGCCAGCACGUACUGGCACGUAGCACUUGGUAUCUUGUUGCUCACUUUUGUGGUAGCUAUUCCUCGGAACUAUCCCUCUUAUUUGAAAAAGAGUUUAAAAAACUAAUGAAAAAUUGCGUAACAUUUUUUUUUGUCUCGAUCGACUGUUUGCGAUCUGUCGCUCAUAUGCCCCCCUUCCAGUACGUUACACGAAAUCGAAUCGGAGGCACAUUUUACACGUUUACCCAGUCGAAUUGUAACCACUUCCACGUAGCAACACUGAGUGAAAGCACUACAACAGAGACCGACAAUGGUGGAUAACUCUAGUGAAUCAACCUUCGGAAAUGGAGACUGGGAAGCUAUGCCUACAUACACGGCUUUGGCCACAGAUAUGCUCCAACUCUACAAAAAAACAAUUGUACAAGGAACGGCCGUACCGCUUUCCAAUGGAUAUAUCCGAGGACUUAACCGUAUUAUUUAACUUCACGCGGCAAGAUAUUUUGUUGGUGAUAGGCCUAGCUGUCGGUUUUACUCUUCUACGAUCGGUCCUGACAAAAUUCUGCCUUAUUCCAUUGGGUCAUCACCUAGCCUUGACGCCUGAGAGUGUCGCGAAACUUCCGGAAAGCGUAUGGAAGCUUAUUUACUACGGCGCUGUUUGGAGUUACGCCUUUCGAGUUGUCGUAAGCUCUGGACAGUAUCGAUUUUUUCAAAACCCCAGCUCCGUCUGGCAGGGUUAUUCGACUUCUGGAGGAAUUCCUUCGGACAUCUAUUGGCUAUACGCAGCACAAGGCUCGUUUUAUGUCCAUGGUUUAUACGCACUAUUUUUUCAAGACGCUUGGCGAAAGGACUCUGCAGUAAUGGCUGUUCACCAUGUGGUUACCGUUCUUCUCAUUUGGAUGUCGUUUGUUUGCAGGUGUCACAACAUCGGUUCGUUGGUCAUGCUUUUUCAUGACUUUUGUGAUGUUGAACUCGAGUUUGCGAAGAUCAACGUCUACCUGAAGAUUCGGUCAGGCAAGAGUCAUAAACUAAACGACCUACUAGCUGCAGUCUCAUUUCUUUCUAUGACAAUUACAUGGUUCAUCAGCCGACUAUACUAUUUUCCACUAAAAGUCUUAUACGCAUGCUCGACCGUUCUUCUGGAUCGAGGUUUUUAUCCGGAAUAUACGAUACUGAUCGUAUCAAUGCUGCUUCUAUUGACAAUUAUGAACGUUUUCUGGUUCUCACAAAUGAUUAUCCUUCUCUACAAAAUUCUUACGGGAGAACUAAGCGAGGUUGAUGAUAUUCGUGAAUACGACGUUGUUGAAAAACUAGAAAGGAGCAACGAGAAAACAAUAAAAGACAAGAAGGUUGCUUAAGUCACUCAGUUCAUAAUGUAUAAUAAUAUGUAAUGCGAUAUUUAUAUUCGUUGUAUGUGUAAAUACCGAUGAUGUAUGUAGCAUUCCUAUACAACUGUGUUUUUCAUCGUAAUGGAUCGUUUUCCCAGAAAUAAAAUAUACGUAAACAAUGCUUGUCUUGUUACUUUGUUAUUUUGUCAGAGGCUAUCCUAUCAGAAGCCAG